GAUCACCGUGACUGCACGCACCUUACAAGAAUUAUAUUUUAGCACUGCGCUCAGCGUACAAAAGCCGUGAUUGCAACCCUUCGUCUGCACACGCUACACCCACUCCCAUCUUUGCACUCCAUUCCUCUAUCAACAGUCCCAAACCCUCGCAAUGUCCAGCAUCUCGUUCAAAGACAACUUUACUCAUAUCAUCGGUGGUCAGAAAGUGAGCUCAGCCUUAACUAGGGAUGUCAUCAAUCCUGCCACGGAAGAAGUGGUGGCAUCUGUUCCUGUAGCUACCAAAGAGCAGCUCGAUGCUGCUAUCGAUGCUGCUGCCACUGCUUUUCCUGCCUGGGCUGCUACACCUCUAGAGCAACGCCAGUCCCUGGUGGAGCAAGUGGGUAUCCUCCUAAAUGCAGAUGCAAAUCAAUUUGCAGAGAUACUUGUUAAGGAGGGUGGAAAGACAAAGUCAUUGGCAGAUCUCGAAGUAGGAGGCACCGCAGCUUGGAUGCUUGCAGCAAAAGCGCAAUUCCUGUCAGAUGAAAUCAUCAUCGAUACACCAGAUAGAAGGGUUGUUUCGCAUUAUGUUCCACUGGGUGUCUGCGCAGCAUUAACUCCCUGGAAUUUUCCUUUGACUUUAUUAAUUUGGAAAGUGGUUCCAGCACUUGUUACCGGUAACUGCCUUAUCGUCAAGCCAUCUCCAUAUGCUCCUCUCGCAGCCAUGAAAUUCGUAGAGUUAGCUCAGCGCGUUUUACCACCCGGUGUCCUAUCUGUCCUGUCUGGUGAUGACGAUCUGGGACCUUGGAUAUCGACUCAUCCUCGAAUUGCACGUAUUUCCCUCACUGGUUCAUUGGGAGCUGGAAGAGCUAUUAUGAAAGCAGGAUCAGCAACGCUAAAGCGUCUCACUCUGGAACUCAGCGGCAACGACCCUGCGAUCGUUUUAGAUGACGUCGACCCCAAAGUUAUUGCGCCGCAAAUAUUCUGGAAUGCACUACUUAACUCUGGACAAAUUUGUGUCGCGUUGAAACGCAUAUACAUCCACGAUAAAAUAUACGACGCUGUUCGAGACGAGUUGGUAGCAUUUGCGAAAACGAUCCGAGUUGGCAACGGUAUGGACCCAGAAACAGCUCUUGGUCCUGUCCAGAACAAGGAUCAAUUCACCAAAGCCAAAACGUUCCUCGAAGACUGUAAACGCAAUGGUCACACUAUCGCUUUGGGAGGCACGGUCGACGAGAGCCAGAAAGGUUACUUCAUCCCCGUAACUAUAAUUGACAACCCGCCAGAUAACUCCAAAGUUGUGCGAGAAGAGCCUUUUGCUCCCAUCCUGCCUUUGAUGAGAUGGUCUGAUGAGGACGAUGUGAUCGCGAGGGCAAAUGACAGCGAGUAUGGUCUGGGUGCAACUGUUUGGGGGAACGACCUUACACGUGCUCAGUCUAUCGCACGAAGGCUGGAAGCAGGGACAGUCUGGAUCAACGAAGCUCAUCAAUUCCACUGGGAUCAGCCUUUUGGUGGCUUCAAGUUGUCUGGGUUAGGCGUCGAGCAUUCUAAGUAUGGCCUUUCUUCGUGGACCAACAUUCAAACCAUCACUCUGAAAAAAUCUAAAACGUAACACUGUCUUAUUCACAUUCAUGCUAGCGCUAUCCUGUUGAAAAUGUACUAGUAUUUGUAUCAUACGGAUGUACCUCAGUUUUUGGGAUACAUGUCAUGACAGGGCAUUAAAAAAUGCUGGUGAAUUGAAUUGUUGAGUCGUCCACAGUAGCCUCAUUUUACAAUAAAGACAUAACGCAAACUAGAAUAGCAGCAUCCCAGUGUAAUAACAUCACUUUUGUAAACGCUGGCUUGAUUAACAGCAGGGAAAGAGGAAACUGCGGAAGGCCCCCCGUGAACAUGACACCGGGCGCACUCUUUAACAGAUUGAUUGAACUUCUAUGUUCAAAUGUGGCCCCUAAGGGCGAUUUUUGGCACAAGGUGGCAAUACCGGGACAUAUGUUGAACCAAAUGUCUCCAGUAUUACGCCAAAGCACUCCCCCCACUCUCGCCUACACGCCAUACCUCCAUACCACCUUCACCGCCAACGCCAACAAUGCCACUGGCCCAGUCUACACUCAAGAUCUUCUGACCAUCCCAAACUUUGAAGACGGAGACAGCACCCUUCAUGCUCCGCAAGUCCCACAUCCGCGCAAUACCAUCGUAAGCGCCGGAAAUAAGCUGGUGAGACCCAGACAAAAGCGAUGGUGCAAUACAGGACGGCGUUGCUGGGUGAGCCAGAGUGCCGAUUGAAGAGUUUACAGAUGAAGCAGACGAUCGCACAUCGUAAAGAGAGAUAGUACGAUCUGUCGAAGCUGCUAUAGCCGUGUUCCCGUCUGACGUGAGGGCCAAAUCUACCAUGGGCCUUUCUGGUGCAUUUAUGGUGAAGGUACAGAUACCAAGCUCAACAUCCCAGGUACGAACUGUAAAAUCGAAGCCACAGCUGUAGGCAACUCUAUCCGAGUUCUGAGAAAAAAUAGCCUUGGAGACUCGUGCGGUGUGUGAUUUGAGUACGGCCAAAGGAGCCUUACGUUUUGGUCCAUCGCUAUCGUCGACAACCUUCCGCCUUUUUUUUCUGUCGGACGUGCUUACUCGAUCGAGGGGCACUUCGUCGUCGUCUGGGACAUCUGUAUUCCAAUAACCGAUGAGUCCAUCCCAUGAAGCAGUUAAGAGUUUUGACCCUGACGAAUCUGAGGAGACUGAUGAAAGUGGAGCGGUAUGUAGAUGUAGGGAAGCUAGCGUCUGCAGUUGGAUAGUCUGAUCGGAUGAGAGUG